AUGCCGCGGCAGCGACGCACAGAGACACUUCCCCGCGGCCGCGGGGGCAAGAAGCUGAAGGCGGCCGGAGAUUUAUUUAUUCCUACGAAGCCUCCGUCGGUGUACAUGGUGGUAGGCCAUGAUGUCACUCGCCCUGCCUACUCCGUAAUUAAGGUGAACACCUUCCCUGACGGUGGCAGCGGCGGCGACACUCCGAUACCUAUUCCAGGACAUCUCGCCCGCCUUGAGGCCAAACACUGCAUGUCUUUCGUCCCCGUGCGGUCGAGGCACGGCUCGUGGAUCGUCGGCGUCGGUGGCAAUUCACCAAUUGAUUAUGGCCCCGAGACCAUCGUCUUCGACACCAGUACACACCAGGUGAUCCCGGGACCGAAGCUUGUGUCGACUAAGCUCCGCCCGAUCCUGCUACCGGUCGGCGACAAGAUAUAUGCCUUGACACGUCAACCUGCCAUUAAGGGGGGUGUUAAUUUCGUGCCCUGGUUCGAGGUGCUCGAUCUCUCCCAAGCUCGAGUGGUCAGUGGCCGUCUCGUGGACUGCAAAUGGGAGCAACUACCCCGGCCGCCCUGCUUCCCCUGGGAACUCUCCCCAAGGCAGUACAUCUUCCCACCGGUGGUCAGGGUUAAGUCUUAUGUAGCUGUGAGCUCCUACAUUCUGGUGUCGAUGGAUGGACAGGCAGGCACACAUAUCUUCAACUUGAAGACAGAGCAAUGGUCGAAAUUGGAUGACAAUGUUCUGCCAUUCACUGGAGGCGCCGUACCACAUGGCCCCCUCUUCCUUGGCUUUUCAAGCGCUGCCAAAAAGAUCACUGCUUACAGCAUCACAGUCUGUGCCGCGGUGUCACCAAGCCCAAGCAUCACAGCAGGGUGCCCAUCCUUAUCAAUUGUUGAGUUCCCGAUAGUUGAUGAGGCAGAGGAGGAGGUCGUUAGCCGUGGCAAAUUUGUUUCCCUUGGUAACCAUGGCUUCUGUUCGUUUAUGUGUCGCAACGAUGACCUUAUGCUAGGUACUCUUGAGCAUACACAGGAACUUAUCACCAUGAGAGCAUACACAACAGAGGACCACCACCUCUCACAAGACCACCCCAAGUCUAUUUGUCACAUAGUGAUCUCCAAUCAAGUGGAACAGGUUUACAGCAUCCGCGAUUCACUCCGGGGACUUACUUGGCCAUCCCUGGUAGAUGUGAUAUCCUUAUGA